UCAUGUUUCCCCCUAUAAAUUGCAGUCAUCGGCUACCUAGAUUGUUGAGAGUGAGAAAAAAAAAGUACGUUAACUGUUUGUUGAAAUUAAGAAGAAAAAAUGGCUAGCUUUGAAGAGACAUUCAUUCAAUCCAAUAACUCUGUUCCAAAAAAGUUGAGUGGAAUUAUGGGCUAUGAUGUGCCUGAGGGAGUGGACAUUAGGGGAAGAUAUGAUCCUGAAUUUUCCAAGAUUUUAACUAAGGAUGCUUUGCAAUUUGUAGCUGAUUUGCAGAGGGAAUUCAGGAACUAUAUUAACUAUGCUAAGGAUUGCAGGAGAGAGGCAAAAAUGAGGUACAAUAAUGGAGGUUUGCCGGGUUUUGAUCCGACAACCAAAUACAUUAGGGAAGGAGAAUGGGUGUGUGCUUCUGUGCCGCAGGCUGUGGCUGAUCGGAGGGUGGAGAUUACUGGACCAGUCGAUAGAAAGAUGGUCAUCGAUGCCCUUAAUUCUGGAGCCAAAGUUUUGAUGGCGGACUUUGAAGAUGCACUAUCACCAAGCUGGGAGAAUCUAAUGAGAGGCCAUAUAAAUUUGAGGGAUGCAGUGAAUGGAACAAUAACAUUCCAUGAUCAAGUCAGAAACAAAGUGUAUAAACUGAAUAAUCAGACAGCUAAGUUGUUUGUGCGCCCAAGAGGGUGGCAUUUGCCAGAAGCUCACAUCUUCAUUGAUGGUGAGCCUGCUACUGGUUGCCUUGUCGACUUCGGCCUCUACUUUUUCCACAACUAUGCCAACUUCCGCAAGGCCCAAGGACAAGGAUUUGGACCCUUUUUCUAUCUUCCCAAAAUGGAACAUUCUAGGGAAGCUAGGAUAUGGAACAAUGUGUUUGAGAGGGCAGAGAAAUGGGCUGGAAUUGAGAAAGGAAGUGUUAGGGCUACUGUCCUAAUUGAAACACUUCCAGCUGUGUUUCAGAUGAAUGAAAUCUUGUAUGAACUGAGGGACCAUUCUGUUGGCCUCAACUGUGGUAGAUGGGAUUACAUUUUCAGCUAUGUCAAGACUUUCCAGGGUCACCCCGAUCGAUUGCUCCCUGAUAGGGUUCAAGUUGGCAUGGCUCAACACUUUAUGAGAAGUUACUCGGACUUGCUCAUCCACACUUGUCAUAAGCGUGGCGUCCAUGCUAUGGGAGGCAUGGCAGCUCAUAUUCCAAUUAGAGAUGAUCCAGCAGCUAAUGAGGCAGCAUUGGAACUUGUAAGGAAGGAUAAGCUAAGAGAAGUGAAGGCGGGGCAUGAUGGAACAUGGGUUACUCACCCUGGCCUAGUUCCAGCAUGCAUGGAAGUCUUCACUAACAACAUGGGCAAUUCCCCUAACCAAAUCCAUUCAAUGAAGCGCCAAGAUGCAUCCAUCCUAGAUGAAGAGGACCUGCUGCAGAGGCCGAGAGGGGUCUGUACCUUGGAGUGCCUCCGGCUGAACACCCGAGUGGGAAUUCAGUACUUGGCAGCCUGGCUGACAGGGCUUGGAUGUGUCCCUCUUUACAACUUCAUGGAGGAAGCUGCCGCAGCUGAGAUUAGCAGAGUCCAGAAUUGGCAGUGGCUGAAAUAUGGUGUGGAAUUGGAUGGAGAUGGACUUGGGGUGAAAGUCAACUUAGACCUGUUUGGAAGAGUGGUUGAGGAAGAAAUGGCUAGGAUUGAGAGAGAAGUUGGAAAGGAGAAAUUCAAGAAGGGAAUGUACAAGGUGGCUUGCAAGUUAUUCACAGGGCAAUGCACUGCCCCAGUCUUGGAUGAUUUUAUUACUCUUGAUGCCUACAAUUACAUUGUCAUGCAUCAUCCUAUUGGAUCAUCCCGGCUCUAAAUUUUGCAGCUUUUCUUUUCCUAUUAAUUUGUUGUCUCUGUAUUAUUAUUAUUGUUUUUUUGAUAUUGUGAGAUAAUUUGUUGUCCCUGUAUUGUUAAUUAGUAUCGCCAUCUUCCCCAGUAAUGAUGAAAAGAAAUGGAAUUGCCUUUGAGGGGAUUGCUGAUUAUCCAAAGGCUCUCUAGUUUAGUGUUGGUUUUCAAUUUAUCUGUUAUUUGUAUCUUUCCAAUGUAAUAAAGGAAAUUGUUCAUUUUGUAGUCCUCA